GUCUGGAGUCAGACUGAUCAAGAAGUAGUGAUGAAGGGUGAUGGAGAAAACGGUUCGGUAGCUACAGAAAUAAGGGAUGCCCAGGAGAAUGUCCCCGAAACUAAGGAAAAUGCAGCACAGGCAUGGCUUAGAGGUGCCAAAUUCAAAGAAAUUCUUGGUUCCGAUUCUAGUCAUAAGUCACUUUUCAUCCUUGUAGCCCAUGAAAGCGGGGAACAGGGUGUGCUUCUCCUCAAUAAGUCGCCAUUUUCUGAGAAUGUCGAGGAUAUCACUGUUAUGAUUGAAUCGGCUGAGCUUUCCGAGAUAAUGAAGAAUGACAUCUUUGGCAGUUACGAUGUGAUUAUACCUCCAAAACUGAAUCUGGUGAAAUCUACACUAAUAUAUCCUGCGAAUGAGAAAGUAAUAGCGAAAUAUCGUCAAGAAGAGAAGUACAUUAUUCAUGAAACGGCUGAAGAUUAUAAUACUAUCACCGUUGAAUAUAUCAAAAAGUACCAAAUGGAUUUGAAGUGGCUUAAUAACAUCUUAUCAAAGGAGUCUGAGGCUGACAGAAUAAUUUUUGAAGAUCCAGAUCCACACAAUGGUUUUAUCCUAUCUCCUGAUAUUAAAUGGGAUGGCACCUCGAUGGAGAAUCUCUAUGUCUUGGCAAUGAUUCACCGGAAGGGCGUCCGAUCAAUACGAGAUCUGACUGCGGAUGAUCUACCUCUAUUGGAGAAUGUUCGCACCAAAUCAUUGUCAGCUAUAAGAGAAAAGUAUGGUGUCCGGCCUGAUCAAAUUCGCGCAUAUUUCCAUUACCAGCCGUGUUUCUACCAUCUCCACAUACACUUUGUGAGUUUGAAAUACGACGCGCCCGCCAGUACAACUCUGGCUGCAGUUCUCCUUGAUGAUGUUAUCAACAAUCUAAAGAUCGCGUCAGACUACUACAAAAGGGCCACGCUGACGUUUGCGAGAAAACGAUCUGAUAAGCUUUUGGAAAUGUUCAGGGAAGCUGGUAGAUGUGAGCCAUAA